CAUUGGUAUUACCUGGGGCGGGAGGGCUGCCGGUUUUCAAUUCCACUUCUAUUAUUGCUUUAGUUUCUUCUUCGAUGUGCACCAUCCAAUUUAUUUCUGCAACCUGCCUUUUCAUUUCAUGAUCUCUCUAUUAUUCACUAUUGAUCUUUCCUUUAUUGUAAGUUAGGUUUAUAUUCUUCCAUUGGUUCGACUAACAAAAGGGGAUUUUGUGCUGGGACGAAUUUCAUGGCGGCGGCGGUUAGGAAGGGGUGUGAGCUGUGCUGCAGCAAAGUGGCGUGGAUGGUGUGCGAUUCCGAUCAGGCUAGCCUUUGUUGGGAAUGUGACAAAACCGUCCACGCCGCCAAUUUUUUGGCGGCCAAACACAUUCGGACCCUUCUCUGUUACAUCUGCCACUCUCCCACCCUGUGGAAGGCCACCGGCGAGAAGCUCGGCCCCACCGUCUCGGUCUGCUGGACGUGCGCCGAGACUCGCCGGGGAGGAGGAGGUGCAGCAGCCUCGACCAGCUCAGAGGCGGUGGCGGCGGCGGAGGUGGAGGAAACUAGUGAGGAUGACGAUGGAUGUGAUUCGGCGGAGAGCAAGACUGACAGUGGGGAAUAUUACAGCGUCAGUGGCGGCGGCCAUGAAGAAGAGGAUGGGGAGAAUCAAGUGGUGCCAUGGUCGGGGACUCCCCCGGCGUGUCUUUCUCAGAAUGGUGAGAAUUUCUCGCGAUCUUCUUCCAAGAGAACACGCGACAGCUCUUUUGAAUCCCAGGAUGAGGAAGGAUGCUGUUCAUCUCACCAGCACUCAGAUUCUGGAGAAUUUACUCGGAGGAUGAGAAUUAGGACAAUGAGCAAUGACAGCCUGAUAGCCACGCCACAGGAGAGUAGCGGUGGAUCACCGGGGACAGCUGCCAUUGUCGACAAGUUGCAAAGAUUCCACGGAGCAGGAGAGGAAGACGGAGAAAGUGAGGCCUCUGUGGUCCUGAACCUGCGCAAAGUCACCUGAUAAUAAUUCCUCCACCAGAAUGAUAUUGCAUUUGAUACAAUCUUUUGUUUUUGUUUUUAUUUUUUUUAUCUUGUUCAAUCUGAUCUCUCUCAAUAGUUAUUGAGUAGAGGUGUUUUGUGAGCUUGAGUUUCUUGAAAAUGUUAUCAGACUCCAAUUCAAUAUAUACAAUAUAUAUGUGUAUAUGUAUACACAUCAAUGAUCAACCUUGCCUUGGCACU